CCAUAUCCCUUAGACAUGAUGUCCUUCCUACAGAAACCAUUCUCAAAGUUUCUCCAAGUCCUUUUUUUUCUCCUUCUAAUGUGCAUUCCUUCUUUCUUUGCCUUUCAUCCUAAUUCCUCUGCAACUUCAUGUGGUGCUGCCAAAUAUGUAGCUGCUGAAGGUAAUAAAGAAGCGGAGGCCCUCCUAAAAUGGAAAGCAAGUCUUGAUGACAACCACAGCCAAUCUGUCCUGUCUUCUUGGGUUGGUAGCAGCCCUUGCAGGUGGCUUGGAAUCACUUGUGACAAUUCUGAAAGUGUCGCGGAUUUCGGCCUUCCAAAUUUUGGUCUAAGAGGUACGCUUCAUAGUUUCAACUUCUCAUCCUUCCCCAAUCUUCUCACUCUCAAUCUCUCGAGCAAUUCACUCUACGGAACUAUUCCAUCCCACAUUAGUAACCUGACCAAAAUCACCAAUUUAGACUUGAGUGAUAAUCAUUUCACAGGAAAUAUUCCACAUGAGAUAGGAUUGUUAACAAGUCUUAACUUUCUCUACCUUCAUGAAAAUAAUAUCAUCGGUUUGAUCCCAGACUCUAUUGGAACCCUGAAACACCUAUCCAUUCUCUAUCUAUGGGGUAACAACCUCUUUGGCUUGAUACCUCCAGAGAUUGGAUCACUACAGUCUCUCAGUUCCCUUGACUUGUCAAGCAAUGAUUUAAUUGGUAGGAUCCCUUAUUCAAUUGGAAAUCUGAGAAACUUAUCAAUUCUUUCUCUUAGAGAUAACAAACUUUCUGGUUCCAUCCCUUCUUCUAUUGGAAAUCUGAGAAACUUAUCUAUUCUCAAAAUCUCGAUAAACAAACUUUCUAGUUCCAUUCCUUCUUUUCUUGGGAAUAUGAGUAAGCUUAUUGAGUUGCGCCUUAGUAAAAAUAAUCUCACCGGUUUGAUCCCAGUCUCUAUUGGAACUCUAAAACACCUAUCCGUUCUUCAUCUAGGGCAUAACAAACUCUCUGGUUCUAUUCCUUCUUUCAUUGGGAACAUGACUAUGCUCACUCAACUUGCUCUGCACAUGAAUAAUUUAUCUGCAUCUGUUCCUCGGGAAAUAGGACAUCUUGAAUCCCUUGUUGAAUUGAGUUUGCACACUAAUAAUCUGGAUGGUUCUCUACCCCCUGAGAUGAAUAAUCUCACACAUUUGAUGAAUUUGCAAUUGUCUUCAAACAAUUUCACUGGCCAUUUACCACGAGACUUGUGCCUUGGUGGGUUGCUUGUAAAUUUUUCAGCCGGCUACAAUCAUUUUUCUGGUCCAAUCCCUAAAAGCUUGCGAAAUUGUACUAGUCUUUUUAGAUUUAGGCUUGACUGGAACCAAUUGACAGGGAAUAUUUCUGAAGAUUUUGGCCUCUACCCAAACUUGAACUAUGUGGACCUAAGUCACAAUAAUUUGUAUGGUGAGCUUACGUGGAAAUGGAGAGGUUUUCACAACUUGGUGAGCCUAAAAUUGUCAAACAAUAAUAUCUCCGGUGAGAUACCAUCAGAGCUUGGAGAGGCUACUGGGCUACAAAUGAUUGAUCUCUCGUCAAAUCUCCUAAAGGGGACAAUUCCAAAAGAAUUGGGGCAGUUGAAGGCGUUGUUCAACCUUACUCUUCAUAACAACCAUCUUUGUGGUGUCAUUCCCUUUGAAAUCCAAAUGCUAUCUCAACUUCAAUCCCUUAAUUUAGCUUCUAAUAAUCUUGGUGGAUCAAUCCCAAAACAACUGGGAGAGUGCUCAAAUUUAUUACAGUUGGACUUGAGUCAUAAUAAGUUCAUAGGGAGCAUCCCAUCUGAGAUAGGCUUCCUGCAUUUUCUUGGAAAUCUAGAUCUCAGUGGGAAUCUUCUGGCAGGAGAGAUACCAUCACAAAUUGGGCAAUUGAAUCAGUUAGAAACGAUGAACCUCUCUCACAACAAACUUUCCGGUUUGAUUCCAACUGCUUUUGUAGAUUUGGUGAGCUUGACAACUGUAGACAUCUCCUACAAUGAACUAAAGGGCCCUAUUCCCAAAAUCAAAGCCUUCAUUGAAGCUCCAUUUGAAGCUUUUAUAAAUAAUAGUGGUCUCUGUGGAUAUGCCAGUGGUCUAAAGCCUUGUACUCUUCUUACAAGCAGGAGAAAGAGCAUCAAAAUUGUCAUUUUGAUUCUUUUUCCUCUCCUGGGCAGUCUACUUCUACUACUUAUCAUGGUAGGGUGUUUAUACUUUCACCACCGAACAAGUAGAGAAAGAAUCUCCUGUUUAGGAGAGCGAAAAAGUCCACACAGUUUUGUAGUAUGGGGCCAUGAGGAAGAGAUCCUACAUGAAACUAUCAUCCAGGCCACUAAUAAUUUCAACUUCAAUAACUGCAUUGGGAAAGGGGGAUAUGGAAUUGUUUAUCGAGCCAUGUUGCCAACAGGUCAGGUGGUUGCCGUGAAGAAACUUCACCCAUCAAGAGAGGGCGAGCUUAUGAAUUUGAGAACUUUUAGAAAUGAGAUUCGCAUGUUAAUAGAUAUUCGACAUCGGAAUAUUGUGAAGUUAUAUGGAUUUUGUUCAUUAAUAGAGCACUCCUUUUUAGUUUAUGAGUUCAUAGAAAGGGGAAGUUUGAAGAUGAAUUUAUCUAGCGAAGAACAGGCAAUGGACUUGGAUUGGAAUAGAAGGCUUAAUGUUGUUAAAGGAGUGGCCAAUGCAUUAUCCUAUUUGCACCAUGAUUGCUCGCCUCCAAUCAUUCAUCGAGACAUUUCCAGCAGCAAUGUUCUUUUAGAUUUGGAAUACGAGGCUCAUGUUUCGGAUUUUGGGACAGCUCGGCUCCUGAUGCCUGACUCGACCAACUGGACCUCAUUUGCUGGCACCUUCGGAUACAUAGCUCCAGAGCUAGCUUACACAAUGAGAGUGAACGAGAAGUGCGAUGUCUACAGCUUUGGAGUGCUCACAAUGGAAGUAAUAAUGGGUAUGCAUCCGGGUGAUCUCAUCUCAUCUCUUUCUGCAUCAGCAUUUUCGUCCUCGUCGUGCUCACAAAUCAACCAGCAUGCAUUGUUGAAGGAUGUGAUAGACCAACGUAUCCCACUUUCUGAAAAUCGAGUUGCAGAAGGUGUGGUCUCCAUUAUCAAAAUAGCAUUUGCAUGCUUGCUUGCCAAUCCCCAAUCUAGGCCAACCAUGCGACAAGUAGCUUCGGAGCUCAUAGCUCGAUGGGCUCCGCUGCCAAAGUCAUUCUCCGCAAUAACGUUGGAAGAUCUUAUGCCUCAAACAACUGUGACAGGCUGAUAAUUUUCCAAAAGAUUUUCUAUAAUUAGUAUGUGAUUGUUUCUACUUAUGUUCCUUUCAAUUUUCGUAGCUUUGUUUGUAAUAAAUUAUUUAUCUGCUUUGUAUUUUGUUUCUUCAACGAUUAAUAUGUUUUUGUACAGUAUUAUUAUCAAUCAAGGUAAAUAAAGGCUCUUUGCUGUAAUUUGU